UGUGACCAUGUUGGCUUGCACAUUUGGAAAAUAGGAGUGAAUGAAAGGCAAAAAAAAAACAGGCCAUUUUUGAUUUUGUCGUUUCUUUUGGGUGUCAAAUGAUGUCUGUGAAUUACCUCUGAAGGUUUCUUUGUGUGUGGGAGAGAUUGUUUUUAGAUUAGAUUAUUGGAUUGACGGUAGCAGAUUACCAACGCGCUAUUUCAUUACAAAGGAGGAACUGGAGGCAGCAACCAGCUUUUUCAUGUAUCGGGAACAUUGGUAAUCAGGUGUUCACCAUGCUCACCAGCUUUGUGGACGGAAUAUUCUGCUGCUUUACAGGGAAGUCUACCAACGUGGUUGUCCCUGUCGAGUCCUCUGAGCCCACAGAUGGUUUUGAAUUUGUUGAAGUAAAGCCAGGACGAGUUUUGAGAGUUCGACACAUCAUCCCAGACCGACCUGUGGUUGAGGAGCCGGGGACUGGGGAAGGCGGUACAGUGAGCUGCAAGCGUAAAAUCUCAGUGUACAGAAACGGACAGCUUCUUAUUGAGAAUGUCAACGAAGCCACGCACCCAGAGCUGGUGCGCUAUCAGAAUGGAGACAGCACUGUGGAUAUGGAGGUCUCCAACUGUGAGUCUCCUGUGGUAGGCCAGGCUACUGAGACCCCAGCAGGAGGACAGGCUGCAGAAACCAAACCUGCCCCACAGGAACAGCAGCAGGUGCACCGUAGGCGCCGAAAACCCAAACGCUCAAUCGUGAUCGACUGUGAGCGGAAGAUUACUUGCUGCAAAGGUACUCAUCCCGACGUGGCUUUGUUUUUCAUACACGGCGUUGGGGGAUCACUGGAUAUCUGGAGAAGCCAGCUGGACUUUUUCUCCCAACUUGGAUAUGAAGUCAUCGCCAUGGACCUGGCCGGCCACGGUGCAAGCUCAGCCCCUCGCAUUCCUGCUGCCUAUACCUUUUAUGCUCUGGCUGAGGACGUCAGAAUCAUAUUCAAGCGAUAUGCGAAGCGGAGGAAUAUUUUAGUUGGACACUCAUAUGGAGUCUCAUUUUGUACCUUCCUGGCUCAUGAAUAUCCAGAACAGGUUCAUAAACUUGUGAUGAUAAAUGGCGGCGGGCCCACAGCACUCGAGCCCAGUCUCUGCUCUGUCUUCAACUUGCCCACAUGUGUCCUUAAUUUUCUGUCCCCGUGCCUCACCUGGAGCUUCCUCAUGGCUGGGUUUGCCCAUCAGGGAACAAGGGAAAAGAAAUUACUGAAAGAGAACAAUGCCUUCAACGUGUCUUCCUUCGUUCUGAGGUCCAUGAUGAGUGGACAGUACUGGCCGGAGGGUGACGAGGUUUACCAUGCUGAAAUCACAGUGCCUGUUCUGCUGGUUCACGGCAUGUAUGACAAGUUUGUACCAGUUCAAGAGGACCAGCGCAUGGCAGAGAUCCUCUUGCUGGGUUUCCUGAAGGUUCUGGAUGACGGAAGCCACAUGGUUAUGAUGGAGUGUCCUGAUGUAGUCAACACUCUGUUACACGAGUUCUUCUUGUGGCAGCCAGCAACCGCCUCAAAGCCCAAACAGGAAGCAGCGCCGACAAAGACCAACACCAAAUCUCCAGAAGACACAUCCAGACCUAAAACUGCCCCGAAAUCACCCUCCAAAUCUCAACCUGAUUUGCUAAGACCGACAACUGCACCUAAAACAACCAACACCGCCACAGAAGCCCCGGCAGUAGCGGACAUCAAAUCUAAGGGCAAGAAAUAACUGCUUUUUCCUAAUAUACAUGUGCUGGGGUGAAGCAUUGGGCUCGUGUGAUAGAACAAGUUUAAUGGAGCUUUCUGAACAUUGGAUAUCACUGGAUACUCAACAGCUGGUUUAAAACAGUUGGUCUAAAAGCACGAGUGUCUACUUUAAUAAUUCCAGUUUUGGAGCAGGACGAUUCCUAGAGGUUGUCUUCUUUUCUGUGACACAGUCCUUUCCAAGUGAUUUUUUAUUUCUACCAUGGGAUAUUAUAUAUACUUGUAUGCCAUAUGAUGUAAAUGUUAAGGCUGAAAAUGUCACAUUACAUAAGGGAUGAAUAUAAGCACUGCUGCUGCUGUUGAAUCUAAUAGACUAAUAUUUUGUAUUUAUUUAUGCCAGUUUUUUUUUUUUUUUUUGACUACAUCAGCUGAUGUCCAUCAGUUCAUACAUGGGUUAAAGUUUUAUUUGAAACGUUCAUUAGUGAAGUGUUUUUAUGUUCAGAUGACUCCAGCACUGUUGCUGAAAUACUGUCAGAUACGGUGACUUUACAAUAAAAGCCAUCGACUUGACUCAUGUUCUUACAAAUUAGUGCAACUACAGGUUAAAACAACAAGACUCAGUGAUAGGCCAUAAACUGUUGAAUUAUGUGCAGAAGCUUCCAUGUCGACCACAUUCAGGUAAAACAUCAGUUAGGGUUGAGCUUUUGUUAAUGUAACCUUAAUAAAUGUAAUAAUCAGAUUCUAUUUUAAGCAUAUUUUUACUGCAUUACUCAGUUUAAUCAGGGAAAUUAUGAAAAUGCUGACAGAAAUUUUAUGUUAGGGUGCUUUCACACCUGUUUUGUUCUGAAACAGGUUAAAAUGGUUGGUCUUGCUUGUCCUUGAUGCAGUUUGAUUUCACACAGUAAAUUUUUUAAACGAGGGGCGUCCAAACUCUCCUGGAGAGUUUAUCCCCAACUCUAAUCAAACACCUGAAAUUAAGCUCCUAUUAGAAACUUCCAGGCAGGUGUGUUGAACAAGUUAAAUCUAAACUCAGCAGGACACCGGCCCUCCAGGACCAAGUUUGGACACUCCUGUUCUAAACAAAGCAAAACAGUAAGUCACAUGCGAUGAUGCCAGUAAACUCUCCUCUUGUUGGUGA